AUGCAAAAAGUUUUGGUGAUUUUAUCGGCGGUUCUCCUCGUUGCGGCUUUUGCGCAAGACGCUCCAGUCUGCUCCGUAAAUCAACUUUUCAACGGACAGAUUUGCACGUGUGCUCCGGGGUGAGUGAUUUUUUGUGCUCAGCACGUGAUUUGGAGCAUUUUGAGCUCAAGACCAUGAUUUUUGGUGGAUUUUAAAGGAAGUUAAGGGAUUUCAAAGUUGCCGCAUAGAAAAAUGGGCGUGGCCUGAUUUUUCGCAAAUUUUAGGCAUAGUUUUUCAUAGGUAGUUAAAAGAGGAAGGGAUUUGGAGCAUUUUGAGCUCAAGACCAUGAUUUUUGGUGGAUUUUAAGGGAAGUUAAGGGAUUUCAAAGUUGCCGCAUAGAAAAAUGGGCGUGGCCUAAUUUUCUGCAAUUUUUCCGCAUAAUGUUUAUAUGCAAAAUGUUCGUUUUGAAAUUCUGUUUUUUUCGAGCCCAAAUUCUCCCAGAUUUGCAAAAUUAAGGCACAGAAAAAUGGGCGUGGCACAAAAAAAAAGUUUUUUUUUUCAAAAAAAAAAUCUCCCAAAACUUUUUGGGUGUGGUUUUUUUUGUUUGAAAGUUAAUUAAUCAAGUAUUUACUUUCUAAUUUGAUUUUGAUUGAUUGCGGAAUUUUUUUCAAAAAGAAAAAAAAUGAGAAAAAUUAGGCUCCGCCCAUUUUUCUGUGCCCUAACUUUGCAAAACCAUAUCUCAGCUCCCAGAGCACCAAAAAAGCUUCCCAAAAAAUCAAAAUGCUCCAAAUCUCAAGCUCCGCCCACUUAUCCAUGCCGCAAAAUCAUUCGAAACCAGAACAUUUAGGCUCCGCCCCAUUUUCUGUGCCCUAACUUCAAAAGCCUCUAACUUUACUUAAAAUGGUCCAAAUUUAUUGAUCUUGAGCUCAAAAUGCUCCAAAUCUCAAGCUCCGCCCAUUUUUCCAUGCCCCAUAUCACAAAAAUCUGAAAAUUUCAGAUAUUUCUCGUCUGCCAACGACGAAUCCAAAGCAAGAUGUGAAGAUGAGUGUGAAGAAGUGUAUUUCUCACUUUUCACCAGCGGAAAAUGUGUCAACAAUAUUUUUGGAAAUGUGCCAAAAGAUCAACAACCUGCCUGUAAUUUGAGAUGCGGUGUACGUUUUUUUUUUGGCUUAAAAUGAGCAAUCUGACUGAAAAUUGGCGAAAAACGGGGAUUUUUGAGCUAAAAUGAGCCAUUUUGGCUCAAAAAUGAGCUAUUUUCAGUCAAAAAUGAGCCAAAUUUUUCUUGCAGUUGAGAAUUCGCCUCUGGGCUACUGUAGCUCUCUUCACCGUAAUCGCCGCCGCCGUCGCCACCCUGGUUUUGCUGUUGCCAAUGUGCAUCGCAUCGUGUGCCAGUUGUUUGCACGCCAAAAAGGUGAGCAGGGCUUUUCGAGCCGAAUUUUGGGCUGGGAUUUUGUGCUCACCUUGUAGAGAAUCUCAAGAGCUUCAUUUUGAACCCCUAACUUGUAUAUUUUGGAUAACUUUGACCUACAGUAAUCCUGAUUUUCGUGGUGGGACCUUGAAAAACAUCUGAUUUUUUUGGACCAGGAUUUUUGGCGCCAAAAAUUUUUCUGAGCUCCGGGAUUUUGUGCUCACCCUGUAGAGAAUCGCAGGAGCUUCAUUUUGAACCCCUAACUUGUAAAUUUUGAAAGAAUAUGAACUACAGUAACCCUGGUUUUCGUGGUGGGACCCAAUUUUUUUUGAAAAAAUUUUUCAGCAUCAAAAUUUCACCAAAGCAUAUUGAUAUGUACACCAAAAGAUCGAGAAAUUCAAGACGAACAUUUUGAGCUACAGUAACCCUAGGUUACAUCUACAGUACUCCCAGAAAUCGCGUCGGGACCCAACCAAAAAUUAUCGGAAUUUUUUCCAAAAAAUUUUUUUUUGAAAAAAUUUUUUUUGGGCCUUAAAAUUUCACCAAAGCAUAUUGAUAUGUACACCAAAAGAUAGAGAAUUUCAAGAAGAACAUUUUGAGCUACAGUAACCCUAGGUUACAUCUACAGUACUCCCAGAAAUCGUGUCGGGACCCUGCCAAAAAUAUCGGAUUUUUUUCCAAAAAAACUUUUUUUGAAAAAUUUUUUUUGGCCUCAAAAUUUCACCAAAGCGAAUUGAUAUGUACACCAAAAGAUAGAGAAUUUCAAGAGGGAUUUUUCAGCUACAGUAACCCUAGGUUACAUCUACAGUACUCCCAGAAAUCGCGUCGAAACCCUGCCAAAAAAUAUCGGAAUUUUUUCCAAAAAAAUUUUUUUUGAAAACAUUUUUUGGCAUCAAAAUUUCACCAAAGCAUAUUGAUAUGUACACCAAAAGAUAGAGAAUUUCGAGAGGGAUUUUUCAGCUACAGUAACCCUAGGUUACAUCUACAGUACUCCCAGAAAUCGCGUCGGGACCCUGCCAAAAAAUAUCGGAAUUUUUUCCAAAAAAAUUUUUUUGAAAACAUUUUUUGGCAUCAAAAUUUCACCAAAGCAUAUUGAUAUGUACACCAAAAGAUAGAGAAUUUCGAGAGGGAUUUUUCAGCUACAGUAACCCUAGGUUACAUCUACAGUACUCCCAGAAAUCGCGUCGGGACCCAAUAAAAAAUAAAAUUCCAAAAAAAAGGCGCAAAAAAGUGUUCAAGGUCAUUUUUCCCCAUUUUUUUUGUCGUGUCUCCAUAAAUAUGUUUUUAUAUAACAAAAAACCGUUUUAUUAUAUAAUAACGGUCAGAUUUUUAUCAACAUCAAGAUAACCCUUUUUUUCCAAAAAAAAAAAAAAACCGAAUCCAAAAAUCUAUCCAAGCUACAGUAGUAAAGGGGUACUGUACAUAGGGUCCCACCACGAAAAUACGGAAAUUGGGGUUCAAAAUGAAGCUCUUGAGAUUUCCUACAACUUGAGAUAAAAAAAAUUAUCUACAGUACUUCUACAGUACCCUUUUUCUCAAAAAUUCUCGUUCCAAGACCCAUUUUUUCUUGUUUUUUGCCAACAAAAACAACAAAUACAAAUAAAAUCCCAUUUUUGUGUGUUUCCAACGAGAAAAACCAGUUUUUUUAUUCAAUUUGACAUUUUUUGUGUGAAAAAAAAAAUGUUUUGGGUAUAAUUUCCCAACUUUUUUCUGCAUUUUACAUUAUUUAUUCAUAAAUAAUGUUGAAUUUGUACAAAAAAGUGAAAAUUUUCGAUUUUUGUAUCAAAAAUAUAUAGAAAAUCCAAAUUUCCCCAAAAAAACUUGAUUUUCACUUUUUUUCGCCUCAUAAGUACAACACAACAAUUUUCCACUUAUAAUCUUUUCUGAAGGUUUUUUUUGGAGAAAAAAAGGGAAUUUUGAGAGGAGUACUGUAGAUUACUGUAGAAUUUGAAAAAUUAUCUAUUUUUUGAGCCCAAAUUUGAGUACUGUAGAAAUACUGUAGGCUUCAAAAAACGCUAACUUUUGAGCCUUACUGUAGCUCGGGUUACUGUAGAUAAAGCUCCAGAUAAAAAAAUCCAGGAGUACUGUAGGAAAAGUUCCCAAAUUACUGUACUCAAGGAAUUCCGAAAUUUUUUGUAGAUCAAAAAAUUAUUCCGAAUUUUCUAGAGGGUACUGUAGCUUCCAGAUACUGUACAAAAGGUUCCAAAUUUCUUCGUAGAUCAAAAAAUUAUUCCAAAUUUUCUAGAGGGUACUGUAGCUUCCAGAUACUGUACAAAAAAUUCCGAAAUUUUUUGUAGAUCAAAAAAUCAUUCCAAGUAUUUUAGAGAUUACUGUAGCUUCCAAAUACUGUAGAAAAAAGUUCCUAGAUCCGAAUUUUCUCCCAGAUUACUGUAGAAAAUUUCCAAAAUUUUUUGGUAGAUCAAAAAAUCAUUCCAAAUUUUCUAGAGGGUACUGUAGCUUCCAGAUACUGUACAAAAGGUUCCAAAUUUCUUCGUAGAUCAAAAAAUUAUUCCAAAUUUUCUAGAGGGUACUGUAGCUUCCAGAUACUGUACAAAAAAUUCCGAAAUUUUUUGUAGAUCAAAAAAUCAUUCCAAGUAUUUUAGAGAUUACUGUAGCUUCCAAAUACUGUAGAAAAAAGUUCCUAGAUCCGAAUUUUCUCCCAGAUUACUGUAGAAAAUUUCCAAAAUUUUUGGUAGAUCAAAAAAUCAUUCCAAAUUUUCUAGAGGGUACUGUAGCUUCCAGAUACUGUACUUCAGGAAAUCCAAAAUUUUUUGUAGAUCAAAAAAAUAAUUCCAAAUUUUCUAGAGGGUACUGUAGCUUCCAGAUACUGUAGAAAAAUUCCAAAAUUUUUUGGUAGAUCAAAAGACUACUGUAGUGUCCAUUUUUCCCCCUGAAAAGUAUCAAUAAACUGAUAAAAUGUAAUUUUUCCCCGAAAAUUUGUGUGUGAUUAAAUUUUUGUCCUUCGGAUCUUCUUCUUCUUCUCAUUUUUCCGUUUUCCCGUUUUGAUGAUAACCUAUAAACCGGAUGAGAGAGUGUGCGAAAAUGAGAGAGUGCAGAGAAAAAUGCGGGGAUAUUUUGAAGGACAAAAAUGAAACCCCAAAUGGAAAAUGAUAACACACAAACAACAAUAAUAAUUUGACAAUUUAUGGCCGAAAACUGGAAUUUUGGGGUUUUUGAACAUGAAAACCAGGGACAUAGGUCAAAAAUCUGGCAAAAUUACAGUAAUUCUGGGGCAUUUUUGAUCUACCAAAAAAAUUUUGGAAUUUCCAAAGUACAGUAGUCCUGGGAAAAAUUGGAUUUGGCAACUUUUUUCUACAGUAUUCCCUUGAUCUACAAAAAAUUUCGAAUCUUUUUUGCACUACAGUAAUAUUCAAGAAAAUCGUGGCAGCGUCUAUUCUACAGUAAUACUGGGAACUUCACUACAGUAUCCCUCAAAAAUCGUGUCAGGGCCUGAAUUUUAGUCAAUAUAAGUUGUUUACAAAAUUCCUGGACCAUUAUUUUCACCAAAAGAACUCAAAUUUUCUACAGUACUCCUAACAAAAUCGUUUCGGGACCAGAAAAUUGUGAAUUUUCCAUUUUUCUCUACAGUAACACCCAGAAAUCGUGCUGUGACCCAAAAUUUCAUUGAAAAUGUUCACAAAAAUCAUGUCAGAACCUUAAUUGCAUCUUUUUUCUACAGUAACCCUUAGAAAUCGUGCUGGGACCCAAAAUUUCAGCCAAAAAAGUUCCUAGACCAAUUUUAACCCAAAAAUUCCAAAUUUUCUACAGUAUCCCCCUCAAAAAUCGUGCUCUGGGACCCAAAAUUUCAGCCGAAAAAGUUUCCAGACCAAUUUUAACCCAAAAAUUUCAAAUUUUCUACAGUAACCCCCUCAAAAAUCGUGUCAGGACCCAAAAUUUCAGCCAAAAAAGUUCCUAGACCAAUUUAAACCCAAAAAUUCCAAUUUUUCUACAGUAUCCCCCUCAAAAAUCGUGCCAGGACCCAAAUUUACCCAAAAAUCCCAAUUUUCUCACCCCCAAAGCCCAAAAGCCCCAAAAUCAAGCCCGAAUUCUUUCAGGCCAACAAGAACUCGAAACGUGUCGCGUUGGAGACUCAAUCAGUCGGCGGACCAUCAAAAGAUCAACAAGUCGCCACAAUGGGCUACAAUCCAUACGCCUAUUGGCCUUAUUAUGGACGGGCCUAA